AUGAGUGAGGAAACCAAGUUUCAAGCGAUUUCCAUAUGGCUGGAUGCAGGACGUAGGGGCUUUGAUGCGGUGGAAAUAACAGAGGCAUUUACGAAAAUGAUUUCCAAGAUUAACUUGCCCAAGCUCUCUUCAUCGGGUUCGGAAAUUUGGAAAUUUGUGAGUAAAUAUUCCAAAUUGGUUGCUGCAGGAGAUACUUCGCCCAGCCCUGGAAUAAAGUCAGAUGGCAACGCGAUCAAGGAGGCCCCUCAGCCUUCCUCCAACUGUCUAUCACGUUGCAAGUACAUAGAUCAUUUCUGCUAA